AUGACUGGCAACUCCAACGUUGGCACUAGGGGUGUCUACGAAAGCAACGAGCAGCGGAAUUACUCUCGAUCUGAAGUUGAGAGUGCCCGUCGCAACAGGGAAAACCCCCCUGACUCUAACAGACGGGGUAGUGCACAUAUCAAAGAGCAGAAGCAAAGGGGGAAGUAUUCUCUUAAUGAUGAAGAGUUGGCAAAAAUGGACCCUACAGCACCAGCAAGGAUGCAUGGGCAUCAGCCUUCCCGUGGUGCACAAGUGGAUGCUGAACUGAAGAAAGAGGAUGAGGAAAGGAUCAGACAAAAAAAAGGCUUUUGA